AUGCUCAAGCGACACUUCGAGUGGGCGAAUCCCAUCCACAGCAGUUUCUACUACUGCACAGCUGUGGACGUAAACGGAGCCGGCUGUACAUACGCAAACGACUCCGAAAAGGCGGUCCAGGACCACAUUCGCGAGCGCCACCCCGGGUCCGGAGCAACGCCGCGAAGAUUCGGAAUGUCACCGCUCCACGGCGGCAUGGCGACAAUCGGGCCGUCGUGCUCGAUAACGGCCGUCGUCGCCGCUGUCUGCACGAUGCCGGGACUCACCAACAUCAAUACAACUCUCCUCCGAGCCUUCCGCGGAUCUACGGCCGACACCGCGCGGGAGGUGAUACGGGCUCUCGACCUCCAGCUUCCCACCUCACCGGGAUGGGCCCUGGAGAAACUCACGGCACAGGACGACGCCAUCAGACGCGCCUUCGCCGCCACGGCGCGCCAAGACGUCUACUGUUCCUGGUGCGGUGAAACGGAAGAGGGACAGCCAGAACCACAGAUAGCAACUGUGACCUACGAGGCGCCGGCCGGCGGCCUCCCAGGCACCACGGCGACCGCUAUCAGCGAGGCAUUCGGCCACGUAUCGGCCAACUUGCCUCACCACUGCCCGGCUUGCCGCACCGAAGGCGCCACUCUAUCCGCACUGUCGGUUUUUCUCUUCGGAGAAGCCGUGGCAAUCACAGUCAUACCGCCAGCUGGAAACCAGAAAGCGGUAGGUCUGCCGGAAUUGCCGCUGGAGGUGAUGCUCCCGACGGCGCUCUUCAGCCAGAACCCCUAUAAACUCCACGCCGCGAUCUGCGCCACGACGUCGAAGCACGUGGUCGCAUACGUCCGGUGCCGGGAAGAUGGGAAGGAGCAAUGGCACCGCUACGACGGCACCGUUCACGACACAGACGUGCCGCCGCCAGACCCAGCCACCAUCGACACCCUGAUCUUCACACGCGCUCCCUACAAGCCGGCCGGCGAGGGAGACAAUGAGGAGGACACAGGCACCCACCCAGUCAGGCCAACGCGGCCAACAGCACCGCCACCGCCACCGUCACGCGACCCGUGGGGCCGCACAACCUACGGCAUGCACCCGGACACCGCGGAGCAAGAGGAGGAAGACACCGGGAUCGCACCCAGGCCGGCCGAGCCACGGACGGAGACACACACACCACCCACCCAGCCACCCGGAACCGAAAGGGAGGGAGAGGAGAGCGACACGACCGAGAGCGUGCACACAGAGCCCGACCAGGCCGCCGAGGACGUGUCACAAACCUCCGACGAGGCACGGCACCGAUUUCACCACGGCGAGAACACGGCAGCACAGCAGACCGGGACGAUCCACUGCCCGGCCUGCCCGCGCACAUGGACAUCGCGCGCCCGGCGGCAACAACAGACUAGCCACCUUAACACCACCCACGCCAGAGAGGUGGUGAGGGUGGACGCGCUGAAGGCCACCGGGGUAGACCGCUGCCUCUCGUGCGGCGAGUUCGUCAUCGCGUCCGGAAACGCUCGACGAGCACACGGCCGGAAAUGCGGCGAGUUCGUCACCAGGGCGGUCCGCAACCAGAAGCGCGCACGGACAGAGCAAAGCACACCCCGGCAGGACGCAGUGGUGGAGCCCACCCCGGAGACACCACUACCGCCGACACGCCACCGCACCAGACCCACGGAGGCCGACGCCGAGUGGGUGCAGGAGUUUCCCGCCACGAUCCGGACACUCCGGAAGCAGGAAUGGGGACACUGGGCCGAGGCGGUCGGCCACACCCUCCUCGGCUACACCGCGGCGGCCGCCGCGGGACGCUACCAGCGCCAGCUGGCGCUUACCGAGCUGGUGCGCACUCGCCUCGCCAAACCGCGCGCACCAGCACGGGAGGAGGACGAGAGCCACCAAGAGGAACCCAGCGAGACGCCCAGGGAGGGAGAAAGAGACGAGCCGUACACGGGCCACGCCGGCGCCACACGGCGAGCCAACACGGAGGAACACCUUCCCACCAGAAACGCGCACACCGCUGAGGAACGCCGCGCGCGCCGCAUCCUCCACCAACUCUCGCUAGGAGCCGUCGGAAAGGCGGCGCGCACGCUGUUCCAGGCACAGCUCCCACGCGCGCGCGCCAGCGAGGCACUGGACCAGCUCCGCGCGCUUCACCCGCAGGAAGACCCAGCGGGGUACCCGUGCCCACCGCAGACACCUUUUCCCCACGGCCUAAAGCCGGAGAAGGUCAGGAACGUGGUGCUGAAACGGCUCGGCCGAGCCGCCGCACCGGGGCUCGACGGAUGGACCCGAGAACUGCUCGUUCCCGUGGUCGAAAAUGCGGCGCUCCUGGCGGAGACGACCGCACUGAUGCAAGACAUCCUCGCCGGGAACGUGUCGGCGUCCUUCGCGUUCCGCCUCCGCGCGUGCGUCGUCCACCCGUUCCUGAAAGAACCGGGGUCGCCGAAGGUCCGGCCAAUCACGCCGGAGUCGGUGUGGCUGAAAAUCGCCUCGCACCUCGCACUGGACGCGGUGGAAAAGCCGUUCCGCGACAUCUUCCAGGGAUGGCAAUUCGGUGUGUGGGGCGACGCCGCCGAGGCGGUCGCCCAGAUCCGGGAGACGUACGCGAGCGAGUCGGCCGACACGCUCGUCGCGCUAGACGCGACCAACGCGUACAACCGCGUCUCCCGCGCAUGGGUGCUGAGGGCGGCGUUCCGCCACCACGCCCUCCGCCACACGUUCGGGGUGGUGGACCUUUCCCUCGGGGAGCCGGGCGCCCUUGGCGUCUACGAGGGCGGCCGCCGGGUAGAGCAACUCUGGUCGACGCGCGGCGUCCGCCAGGGCAUGGUGCUCAGUCCCCUUCUCUUCGCCACCGCCGUGGCCGAGACACUGCGGCCGAUUAUGGCGGCGCACCCGCUCGCCAAAGUGACGGCGUAUCUCGACGACCUGACCGUCGUCGGUCCACGGGCGGCAGUCCAGGCGUUCCUGGACGAGGCGGGGCCGGCGCUCGCGGCCACCGGCUUCGACAUCAACCCGGCGAAAAGCCACCACCUGUCGAAGAGCGCCGCGCCAGAGCCGGUGUCGGUCGCCGGGGUGGCGGUGCCGCUGGCGAGCGGCGUGGUGCGCAUCCUCGGCGCCGGCUUCCGCGGCAGCGGCGCGCCGGUGGACGAGUGGGUGUGGGAGAAAACCCGCCCGUACGAGGCGUACUUCACCGCCCUUGGCGGGGACGAGCUCCCACGCCACGCGCGCAUGAACCUCCUGCGUGCGUCGGCGCUGCCGCGCCUGACCUUUCUCUUGCGGACCCACAGCGCCGACGAGCUGCGCGACAGCGCGGCAUGGUUUGACGACCGCGUCCUCCAUACGUUGUCGGUCCUCGCGGGCGGCGCGCCGAUCGAAGGGGCGGCCGCCCCUCCCUUUGCCAGCUCCCCCUUGCCAUGGGCGGAUGCGGGCUGCGGUCGCAGCUGGCCAUCUCGCGCUUCGCGGCGCACAGCGUAG